CCCGCCCCACACGGCGUGAGCCCCGCAGCGCGGCGCAGGUGCUGGCAUAGCUGCGGGAGCCCAGGCCAGGUGGAGACAGUUUCUGGGUCCGUAUGGCUCUGUAGAGGAUGAAGCCCAACCCCACAGGUUCCUCCCCAGGGCCCUGCAAAGCCGCAGACCAGGGCGAGAAGAGCUGCCCUGUCUGCCAGGCCUGCGGAGGGGUCUCAGGCCCGAGGUCGGGUUUAGGGCCUGGGCCGGGGCCUAAUGCUAUUGCAGGACCGGGGGCAGGGCCUGGUUCUGCGCUGGGACCUGGUGCUAUUCCGGGACCUGGGUCGGGACCUGGUGCCGUUCCGGGGCCUGGACCAGGUCUGGGCCCUGGGGCGGGAGCUGGGUCAGUACCUGGGCCGGAGGUAGGGCCUGGGCCCAGAUGGGGGUCUGGGACUGGGCUCAAACCCCGUGAAUCAGCGACAACCCCAGCACCAGUGCUGCAGCAGAAGACUCAAGCCAAACCUGCAAAGGCUCCUAGACAGAAGGUUCUGGUGACUGGAGGAGGCGGCUACCUGGGCUUCACCCUGGGUUCCAGCCUGGCCAGGAGCGGCACUCCCGUCAUUCUGCUCGACCUCCAGAGACCCCAGUGGGCACUGCCCUCGGGGACCGAAUUCAUCCAGGCUGAUGUCCGAGAUGAAGAAACCCUGUACCGUGCCUUCGAAGGGGUGGACUGUGUCUUCCACAUGGCCUCCUAUGGAAUGUCCGGUGUGGAGAAGCUGCAAAAAGAGCAGAUUGAGUCUAUAAAUGUGGGAGGCACCAAACGAGUGAUCGAUGUCUGCGUUCGCCGGCGGGUUCCCAGGCUCAUCUACACCAGCACCGUCAACGUCGUCUUCGGUGGGAAGCCCAUUGAGCAGGGCGACGAGGACUCUGUGCCAUACUUCCCGCUGGACAAGCACGUGGACCACUACUCCCGAACCAAAGCCAUUGCUGACCAGUUGACCCUCAUGGCCAACGGGACCCCUCUCCCAGGAGGAGGCACUCUUCGGACAUGUGUGCUCCGGCCCCCGGGGAUCUACGGCCCUGAAGAGCAGAAGCACCUACCCCGUGUGGUGAGCCACAUCAAGAGGAUGCUGUUCAUGUUCCGAUUUGGGGACCGCAGGACACGGAUGAACUGGGUCCACGUGCGCAAUCUGGUGCAGGCCCAUGUGCUGGCGGCCGAGGCGCUCACUGCAGCCAAGAGCUACGUGGCUAGUGGGCAGGCGUACUACAUCAAUGAUGGGGACAGCAUCAACCUCUUCGAGUGGAUAGCUCCGCUGUUUGAGAAGCUGGGGUACAGCCAGCCCUGGAUCCAGGUGCCUACUUCCUGGAUUUACCUGACAGCCUCUGUGAUGGAGCAUCUGCAUGUGGCCCUGAGACCCAUCUGCAGUGUCCCUCUGCUGCUCACCCGGAGUGAGGUGUGCAGCGUGGCCGUGACGCACACCUUCCGGAUCGCCAAGGCCCGCGCUCAGCUUGGCUACGCGCCCGACAAGUUCAGCUUCUCCGACGCCGUGGAGCGUCGUAGGUACCAAGACAUCAGUGUGUAAAUACAUCCAUGUAUACAUCACAAUAUGCGCACGUGGAACUGGCUGAGCAAACCAUGGAUCCUGGCAGAGAAGAAACCCAUCACAAACGGUGGAGGAGGGGAAUGAAUGUGCUAAUCAGAGCCAACAUGGCCAUGGCCGUGCCUCUGCUGGACAGGGAGGCAGUUUGUGAAGGAGCUAAAAAAUGUAUGCUCCUCUCUGCUAGAUGAAUAGCAUGUGUGUAUGUAAUUUUUUGAAGAAUAAUAAUCCUU